CUCUCUCUCCCCUCUCUCUCAGUCUCUCUGUACAUUUGUGAACAAGCUAAUAAAUCCUUCUCAUAGAUCUGUACUAAUCAUCCCUCUCGAAAUACCUCAGCGCAAUACUAUAUCCGAAACCUUCCCUCCGCAGGCAAUUGAACACUUAACGUCGAAUAUAUACAUGUCCGCCGCGCAAACCACUCAAUGACCGCACCAUGCGGUCCAUUCUACGUCGUGUACCGAAUACAAUUCCGCCUUUGCGGGGUGGAGGGUCGAGCAGAGUGGCAUUCCUGAGUGCUUGUCCGGGGAGAACAACUCUGAGCGGGAGGUAUACCAGCCAUAUCCGUAUCGGUGGCGGCGUGGGGAAUAGUUACAUGCCGCUCGACCGGAGGGGGUUUUCUGAAAGUAGAUGGAUACGGGAGGAUAAGAAGAAUGAUACUGAGACGAAGGAGCAGUUGGAGAGGUUACGGUUGAGGGAGAAAUCUGGGGAGGAAGAAGAGGGUAUGGAGGGGGAGGGAGAGAGGGAGGGAGGAGAGAAGGGAUUGGAGGAUGCGAUGACCAAGGGAAAGCUACUGACCACGCCAUCGAGACUAUUCAAGCUACUCCUCCCCUUAUCAACAGGCUAUCAUCGCGAACACAAAGACAUCGAACCCAUCGCCAUCCUCGUCCACCCCCAACAGCCCCUCUCCCACCUCGAACGACUCAUCCAAUCCGAACUCCCCCCUCUCAAGACCCCCUCAAACCAAACCCGCUCCCCCACCGUCUCCUUCAUCGCGCAACAAAUCGAAGACCAGCCCCCCCGGCCCCGCAAGGCCCUCUACGAAGGCACCAGCGCCGAAGUCCACCAACUCGACGAACUAGGCCGAAUCGACGACGGGGAAGGCAAACGCGCCCCCACCGAAGACGACACCUACACGUACCUCCGCCGGACCAAACCCCAAAACCACAACCAGGACCAAAGCCUGGAGCAACGCUUCGUCCGGUGGUCCCAAUCGACCGAAAUCGGGGACUUCAUCCGCGACGCCGCCCGCGCCCGCGAAUUCAUCGUCUCCAUCGAAGGCGCGCCCUCCGGGCUACACCAAAUCCGGGUCGCGGUCCCCUCGUUCGACGAACGCACCUACUUCCUACGCAUGCGACUCCGCAAAAUCGCCAGCCGAAUCCAAGUGAUCGCGGAGAUCAAGCACGAAUGCGAUGCGUUAGCGCACCGGGGCGCGCAGCGGGUGGCGGUGGGCGGGUUCGGGAUUCUCGCGGUGUGGUGGUAUCUCGUGUACAAGUUGACGUUUGAGACGGAGUUGGGGUGGGAUACGAUGGAGCCGGUGACGUAUUUGGUGAGUUUGUCGACGUUGAUGGGAGGGUAUUUGUGGUUUUUGUACCAUAAUCGGGAGAUUUCGUAUCGGUCGGCGUUGGAUUUUACGAUUAAUGCGCGGCAGAAGAAGCUGUAUCAGGAUAAAGGGGUGGAUUUGCAUCUGUGGGAGUCGUUGAUUGAUGAGGGGAAUACGCUGCGCAAGGAGAUUAAGAGUAUUGCGGCGGAGUAUGAUGUUGAGUGGGAUGAGAUGAAGGAUGAGAGGGAUGAGAGGGUGGCCGAGGCGUUGAAGCAGGAGAGGACGCAGAAGAAUGGCUCCAAUAGGGAUCGCGAUGAGGAUGAGGGAGAUGAUUAGUACUACUACAGUUAUAUCACACGCCGUCGCCAAUUCCUCAACCACCACGGCCUCAUCACUGACACACACCACAUUCAGUCAGCGUCAUCCAUUCCGAACCGGAUCAUAAUACUCCUUCUUCCCACUACUACCAGCAGUCGCAUUGACAGUAUCAUCUCCUUGUCUCGACGACGGCGACGUCUGCGGCGACUUGG